CUCGCUAUAUAUGUGUUCAUAUAGUAACCCUACUACGUAUGAUCACUUCCUCCUCGUUGUUUUGAUUCAUUCGAUCUGCCGCACACAGAAACCUCUCACUUUUCUCGGUGCACUACAGUUUCGUCGAUCGGAGGCACCUUUCUUAUCCCCAAAUUCUCUUUUCAAGCUAGUAUGGAAUCCUCAGUGAAGCAUGCUGUUGUCGUGAAAGUUAUGGGUCGGACUGGAUCCCGAGGACAGGUGACUCAGGUUAAAGUCAAGUUUCUGGACGAUCAGAACCGGCAUAUCAUGAGGAAUGUCAAAGGACCAGUGAGGGAGGGAGAUAUUCUUACCUUGCUUGAGUCUGAAAGGGAAGCGAGGAGGUUGCGGUGAAAUGGAGGCUUUAUUCCAGCGUUUGUUUUGCUUAAAUUCGUAGUCAUUUGUCAUGGUAAAUGCGGCACUUCUGUUACCAGCGUAUGCUAUUUUUUUUGUCUAUGUUUCUUGGUGCUAUACGGAUGUAAUUUCUAGUAUGUCCGAAUAAUAGAUGCUGUUAUUAAGUUUGGA